GCCCAGGCGUUGGCAAACACAUUCUCAUGGACGUUUCCGGCUCCAUGUCAGGCAUUCUUGGAAAAGUUCGGACAAAGCUAGGGGCCGAGUGCAAAAACGUGCAGGUGGCAGAGGCUCAAGACUCAAGCUUCACACGUCGUGCACGCAUGGGAGGUCGGCUCCUUGAUUUGUUGAGAUCGCUUCCGAACUACUCCAUGCUGAUCAUUGUCAGUGACUUUCAAGAUGGGGCUGAAGAGCGCUUCUGUGCAGAUAUUCUUGACGAAGCACGGUCCAAGCACGUAGUGAUUGUCUUGGAGUCGGUCGAACGCUAUCCCCAACCCUGCCUGCAUGAGGUGGCCAAGGAUACAGGAGGGCACAGCAGCGUUGGCCGCAUCAUGCGCAAGUAA